AUGAGCAAAUUUGAAGAUUUGACUUGUGAGCUUAGUCAUUGCAAGAGAAAGGUUAAACACUUUGUACCUUGUGUUGGUAAAUAUGUGUGUGGAUGCUGAAAGAAGCAGAAGUACUUUAAGAGAGAGAGUUUCAGGCUUACUGACCCUGAGGAGAUUGUAAAGUCAUUGGAAUAUGUGGAAAUUAAUAUACAAGCGAUCAAGAAUACUUGUGUUGGUCAAGAGUCAGCUAUCACAGGAGCAUGGAGAGACUUCAAAGAUUUCCUUGAAAGCUUCGAGCAGAGAGCAGUCCAAGGUAGAGCCACAUUAAAAGAACUCUUACAUAACAAGAAUUGGCCUGAACUGAGCCAGCUCGAACUUCAGACAGAUGCAAUCGUUGAAGAGUUGAAUGAAAGCCAAAUAUUCAGAGACUUCAUUCACUAUCAACAUGCUGAGAAUAUCAGACUUAGUUCCAACGAAGUCCUAGCUGACAAUGUUGCAAUGCAAGAAAAUUACAAGCUCAGAAGAGACCUUGAGAAACUCGUAAGAGAAAAAGCGGCUACAGAAAGAAACUACAGAGGCCAGAUUGCAGAAUUGUUGAAUAGUAAAGAAGAAAUUGCAAGACAAAGAGAGCAAUUCGCCAACGACCUUGAGGCUGCCCAACAAAGACUAGUAGAGCUUGAAGCUGUACAAGCCAGAGUUCAAGAGCUCGAAGAGAGAAAUACUGAACUUGACAGAGAUCUUGUUAGACAUCAGACAGAAAGAGAGGAGCAUCUGACUCAGAUUAAAGAUCUAAAGAGUAACUAUGAUGAACUUGUUCAAAACAUUAAAGCAGAGAUAACUUCAAUGAAACAGCCUCAGGUCCAAUCCUCUCACAAAGCCCAGUCUCCAUGUGCAUCUCCUUCCGACCCUAAAGAAGAGUCUAAGACUCCUGAUGUCUUUAAGAGAGCCGCUGUCCCAACAAGUAUUGUCUUAGACAUGUCAAAAGGAUCAGACAAGAAAAGGCUGGAAGGCAUGGAUAAGUCUGAAUUGGAAAACAUGGAAAGCAUAGAAAUAAGUAAUCUUGAUAAGAUUGAGGAGGCUAAUAAACCAACCCAGCCCUCUCUUACUAACCCUUCCACAGACUCUUUCUCCACUUUCGCAGCCAAAAUCCCUCGAGGACUCAAGUCUCUCAGCCUCCAGUUUACUCUUUUAAAACAAAUAUCCAUUAUAGGUAUCAUCUAUCCUUUCCCUCACUUGGUCUCAAUCCUGAGUCUGAGUUCCAAGAUCACUGAAAGACUCUGUAUCCACUGCAAUGGCAUGAAUAGAUCAGAUAAAUCACAGAUCGACUCUGCGUUCAGAGGAAUCAAAGUGGAAUAUGAAGGAAUGAAGGUGGGUGAGUUUUAGUAAGGGAAGAAGUGGUAAG